AGUGAUGGCGCUGACCCGUAAAUGAAUUUUCGGCGAGGUUGUCAACAAACAAUCGCCCGCUUAUCUGCAUCUGUAAAGCAGUGGGAUGCGUAAUCGAUUGGCAUAUUUACAGAAAUAUUGGUCAUUGUGCUAAUGCUAUUUCAACACUCAUCUAAAUAGGUUUAGGAGUGAUCCAAUUUUCAAGCGACGAAUAGACAGUCUUCUGACGUCCAAGUCAAUUUCAUUUUUUUUCUGUAGUUGCGCAGUUGUAGUGCCUGGCCGUUGUGUUUCAGGCUUCCUGCCGGGUAAUUCAAUGUUCGUAGUGUGGGAAAUUGUAGACACAGGUAACAAAAAACAAGUCAGGGUGCAGCACGUGAAUGAAUAAGUUCCAGAAUAGAUCAACUUUCGUCUAGUACUUGUUAUACUAAUAGCCAAGGCCGGUGCACCUACUAAACCAAGUUUAUCAACAACAGGUAUUAACAUUCGCAUUACACCGAGCCCGUGCCCGUGGACGCUUGAAGUAUAACAAUACUCUUGCUCUUCAUCUUCUCCUCAUAGCUCUAAGUUUUCCAAUUUGUCGACCACAAAAAGUCUUACUCUUUAUUUACACCACAAAAGUGUAAGUCCUAGUCUCGUGUGCAAGUGCAUACUGUUGUAAAACCAAAAAGUCCGAAAAUGGGUGGAAAAAACCGCUCUCGUGGCCGCUUCGCAGCGGCGACGUCGAUGAUAGCGACGGCGGUGUCGUCGGUGACAGGCUUGGCGGUCCCACCACCUCCAGGAAAGGAGUACUUUGAUGGAUGGGCGCGCUAUGGCACUAUCGGAAUGGAUACCGCGGAAGGCAAGGCGUACCUUUCUGAAUACUACGCCCCGAACGCGUGCGCGUAUCAGCCGAACCCGACUGGGCCGCCCAGCAUUGCGGAAGUGUGCGGCGUGGACAACAUGGCGCAGAUGCUCGGCAGCUACCCGAAAUCUCAGUGGGAGUCGAUGAAACUACAGGAAGGAAGCAACUUCAAAUUCGGACCUAUGCUGGAGGGGCAGGAGGAUAUGAUGGAUUCGACCAAGCCUGCUUUUGGUCAGUGGAGUUGGUGCCUCGAAAGCACUGCGUAUCCAGGCGCCACCGGAUGCUACCACCAAAUGUUUGUGUACGAGUUCUGCGAGAAACGCAACUCUUGGCUGAUCCACUAUGACAUUGCGGUUAAACACGGCAGCCUCACCGGUAGCGGCUUUGAGUCGCCGCUUGGGUCCUCUACCGCAACUGUCGCACUCCCACCGAAGCUGUUCCAUGACGUCUACAGAGUGGGCGACAACUUCGACGGCAAGGACUACAAGGGUUUCAUCGAGAAACUGUAUCUUCCGGAAUCGUAUAACAUUUUCCCUACGGGCACCAUGGUUCAGGGACAAACGCUGCAAGUCCUCGAUAAUGCUAAGGGAGAAAUGCAGUCCUUCUACGGGUCGUUCUCGGGCGUUACGAGCUUCUUUCGUCGCGGAACUGUCCUCUAUUCGAACGGCGCUCCGAUGGGUGCGAAGAAUGGCAAGUCGUCCACGGUUGCGAUGUGGUACGCUUGUAUGGAGCAUCUUGAGGGACCGCAAAAAGGUCAGCUGUUCUACGCAGAGACGCCAGGCGGUUGGUUGGAGCCCUGUUUUGUCGAUGUCCAAGUCAUGGAGGAAAACCCUAAGACGGACCGUCUGCAAGUGAAGUACGAGUUCCAGACCAACUCGCCUGCUUCCGAUAUUGCUAAAGCGAAGGUCAUCGAGGCUGUCAGAGCUCCCAAGAACAAUCCGUACCAUAACAUGAAGCACAUGCAAAAUCUCGUCGCGAAGCACGGAUGGCAAUCCAAGCAAGGAAGAGAGCUCGUGGAGGCCUGGUACUAGAAGCUUCCAGGAGGACUCACAACACGUUAGGUUCUGAUGUGAAACAAAAAGUGUGAAAUUGGAAUCUUCAGAGAAUCCCUACCGUUUCUACUUUUUAACGUAACUACAAUAUGAUGAUAUGUCUUGUUGUUCUACAAUCUGCACCCCCUCCAUCUCGAUAUACUUACAGGUAUGCGCCCGACGCGUGCGCUUACAGUGGCGGAGAUGGUGCUGAAUUGGAGGUGGAUUGCGGUAUCGAUGCGAUUGUUGCUUCGAAUGCUCAGUACCCUGCGUCCGCCAUUGCUAGCUCGGCUCCGUACAAAGAAAACUUUGGUCGCGUCGGACCUUUCGUCGCCCCGGAAUAUGCCGACCCAACCAAACUAUGGUUUAUGUCGUGGCCGUAUUGCAUGCAAAAUCCCGAAGAUCCGUAGGGUAAAGACGCGAAGAUGUGCUUCCAUCAGUACUGGGUCUCGAAAUACACCGGCAAGAAGAACGAGUGGUACGGCUGGCAGAUCAUCUACGACAUUUCCGCUCCCAUGAGAUUUUACGAGCAAGGUACUUAAUAAUUGUUUAAAAUUCUCAUAUCAGCCUCCGCGAUUGUAAGGCUAUUCCGUCAUAGAAGCUGGAGAUAAAUUCGUUACAAGCAUUCGAUUUGACCGAGUUGGUCUGGAAGAUAUACCUUAAAAAACAGAAGUAGAAUUUCCGAGGAUCAGUAUCUAUCAUUUCCGCGCAAAGAAUCCUCUUAAAUUGUCCUCUCAAAAGGCGGGUCUUCUGCAUCUUUUCAAGAAGUGCCAGCAGAAAUCGCCGUGUAUGCGAAAAAAUGGGACCUGUUUGAUCCGAUUGUGGGUAAAGGAUGGGAAGGCUUUGUACCACAAACGUAUGUCGAUGGUGCCAUGAAUGCGUUCCCUAAUCCUGGCACGAAGGAUCUGCUGAUGACACUCGAAGGCAAAGAUUCGAUGGUGGACUAUUUUACGCCGACAACGAUGGGCGGUGACAUGGCGCAUCGCCAUGGCAGCAUCAUUUGGGGCGGUGGCCAGGGCGCGCCGUUAAUGUGGAUGUGGUACGGCUGUGUUGAGCAAGGAUCUGGUUCUGGAGCGCAGGAGGG